UGAAAGUUUAUUACUUUGUAUUUGCAGAAUAUGGAUCAUUAUCCCGUUAUAGUGUAUUGGGGUGGGGAAGUAAGUUAUACUGGAUCCGAUGUUGGGUAUAAUGGAGGAUUAAAUACAGUGAUGUUUAUCCAUCGUCAAAAUACGACUUUUGAGGUGUUUGUUAGCAAAGUCUAUGAUGUAAUUGGUUGUGAUCGCAACUCUUUUAUGUUAAAAUUGGAGAUGAAAUAUCCGGUGACUGGAAAAAAUGUGUUAGUCCCGAUUAAGAAUGAUGAAAGCAUAAGUGCUCUUGCUUAUGCGGCAUCACAAGCCCCUGGAACGGCAAUGGAGGUUUAUGUUGAAUUGGUUGCAAAUUUGGAUAAUGCGAGGGAAGUCAUGACUAGCAUGGAACUUCCAGAAUCAGGUCCUAGUGUACGCCAUGAUACAUUCACAGAAAUGUUAAGUAACCCAAAUUACGUUAAUGAGCACUUGGAUGAGAUUACCUCUCCAACUCAUUCACGUGGCAUUGGUGGUGGUGUAAGGAACACCUUUUCCACGAGUCACUUGGGUAGCUUUAAUGCGAACGAGGUUGACUCUUUAGAUCAGGAGGAUGAGCAUAUUGAUUCUGAUUCAGAAGAGGACGAUGAAAGAAGAGAAGCUCUAGAUGCAGCGAUUAGAGAUGGUGCUCCAUCUCAAGAUUGGCUUAGAAUUGAUGAGGUUGAUCAAAGAUUGAUUGAUGCAUGGAUGACCUGGAACGAUGACAACUCCAUGAAUGAAAAUGGAGACUUUAGAAUAGGGCAAGAGUUUAGCUCCUUAGACCACCUUAAGAAGAAUGUUAAAGCAUGGGCGAUUUCUAAUAAUAGAAACUUCCGUGUAAUUGAGUCGGAGCCUUCAAAGUACGUUAUCCAAUGCACUAAUGCGGAGGAUAUAGGUUGUGAAUGAAGGAUGUGAGCUGUUAUGACCGCAACGGGAUCAUUUAAGAUUGUGCGAUAUAAGGGUCAUAAUCAAGAUUGCUCAGUACAUUACAGUGACGACCAUCCCCUCCUUACUUCUGAAUUUGUUGCUGAUCUUAUCGUGGAUAUGAUUAGAGUUGAUCCAGCGUUUAAGGUGAAGUCAAUCGUUAAUUUUGUAAUGGAUGCACCGUUGAAGCGUCCUCGUAACUCGUGUACCUUUUGUGGAUGUAGUGGUCAUAAUAAGAAAACAUGCCCUCGAAGGUCAACAAACGAUCAUGGCGAUGCCGGGCCCAGUAGCGGAGGUUGACGAGUUCACACCAUCUCAUCGACCGGUGUGCAAAACAAAAGGGGUCGGGGGUUGUAGUUUAACAAGCUUUGUAUAUUCUUAUACGACUUGAACUUCUUGUAUGAGUUUCCAUAAUUGUAAUAUAUCUUUG